AUGGAUUAUAUCACUUUUCAGUUCAUACUCUGCUAUUAUUUACCAUAACACUGUAUAUUUUACCAUACCACUUCUGUACUUUAAUCCAAAGUCUGUUAUUUAAAACACACACACACACACAUACACACACAUACACUGAAUUCUGGAUUCUGCACACUGUGUUGUUGAGCAGUGAAGCAAGGGGCAUUGAAAAACACCACUAGGGACAGAGUCCUUGAUAUUCCUCCUCCUACUGCUUCUUUUCCCCACUGCCCCAAGGGAAAGAAAAUUAUAUCUGGGAACCUGCUACAAGACAAGACUGGAGUUUCCUUCCCUCCCUCCCUUUUUUUCCAUCAGAAGCACGAGAGAAAUCAAGAGAGAAGUGAUGUGUGGUGGUGUCAAUGUGAUAGAGUGACGUUGCUUCAUUUUUUGAUGAGGUUGCAUCAUGGUGAUGUGGUGUAAGUUAAUUUCAUAAUUGUAAACCAUACAGGGAAUAUGGUUGAUUAAUUUGAAGUUCUUGUCCACUUCGUUAUGGCUGUCCAGCUGAAUUAACAUGGCUCAAAUUGAAAUUAUUCCAUGCAAGAUCUGUGGAGACAAAUCAUCAGGAAUCCAUUAUGGUGUCAUUACAUGUGAAGGCUGCAAGGGCUUUUUCAGGAGGAGUCAGCAAAGUAAUGCCACAUACUCCUGUCCUCGUCAGAAGAAUUGUUUGAUUGAUCGAACUAGUAGAAACCGCUGCCAACACUGUCGAUUACAGAAAUGCCUUGCUGUAGGGAUGUCUCGAGAUGCUGUAAAAUUUGGCCGGAUGUCAAAAAAGCAGAGGGACAGCUUAUACGCCGAGGUACAGAAACACCGGAUGCAGCAGCAGCAGCGAGAUCACCAGCAGCAGCCUGGCGAGGCAGAGCCCCUGACACCUACCUAUAAUAUCACCACCAACGGGCUAACGGAGCUCCAUGAGGACCUCAGUAAUUACAUUGACGGUCAUACCCCUGAAGGUAGCAAAGCAGACUCUGCAGUUAGCAGCUUCUACUUAGACAUACAGCCUUCUCCAGAUCAGUCGGGUCUUGAUAUUAAUGGAAUCAAACCAGAACCAAUAUGUGACUACACACCAGCAUCGGGUUUCUUCCCUUAUUGCUCUUUCACAAAUGGAGAGACUUCUCCGACUGUAUCCAUGGCAGAAUUAGAACACCUUGCACAGAAUAUUUCCAAGUCACAUAUGGAAACUUGCCAAUACUUGAGAGAGGAGCUCCAGCAGAUAACAUGGCAGACUUUUCUUCAAGAAGAGAUUGAAAAUUAUCAGAACAAGCAGAGGGAAGUAAUGUGGCAGUUGUGCGCGGUCAAAAUAACAGAAGCUAUUCAGUAUGUAGUGGAGUUUGCCAAACGCAUUGAUGGAUUUAUGGAACUGUGUCAAAACGAUCAAAUUGUGCUUUUAAAAGCAGGUUCUUUGGAAGUGGUGUUUAUCAGAAUGUGCCGUGCCUUUGAUUCUCAGAACAACACCGUAUAUUUUGAUGGGAAAUAUGCUAGCCCUGAAGUAUUCAAAUCCUUAGGUUGUGAAGACUUUAUUAGCUUUGUUUUUGAAUUUGGAAAAAGUUUAUGUUCUAUGCACCUGACUGAAGAUGAGAUUGCAUUGUUUUCUGCAUUUGUGUUAAUGUCUGCAGAUCGCUCGUGGCUGCAGGAGAAGGUAAAAAUAGAAAAAUUACAGCAGAAAAUUCAACUAGCACUUCAGCAUGUCCUACAGAAGAAUCAUCGGGAAGAUGGAAUAUUAACCAAGUUAAUAUGCAAGGUGUCUACAUUAAGAGCACUAUGUGGACGACAUACAGAAAAGCUUAUGGCAUUUAAAGCAAUAUACCCAGACAUUGUGCGACUUCAUUUUCCUCCGUUAUACAAGGAGUUGUUCACUUCAGAAUUUGAGCCAGCAAUGCAAAUUGAUGGGUAAAUGUUAUCACCUAAGCACUUCUAGAAUGUCUGAAGUACAAACAUUAAAAAAAAAAAAAUUAACCAAGACACUUUAUAUGGCCCUGCACAGACCUGGAGAGCCAACACACUGCACAUCUUUCGGUGGUCGGGGUCAGGCAAAGGAGGGGAAACAAUGAAAACAAAUAAAAGUCGAAUUUGUUUUUCUCAUGCAUAUGAUUUCCAUUAUGCCUACAGAUAUGGACCCUUUUUCUGUCUUGGCUUCUUGAUCUUUGACCUCUGUUUACAAGGUUGUCUUUUCUUGUAGUUCACUGCCCACAGACUUUCUACCGAGUAAUCAGUCUUUCUAGUCAGAAUAGAGAAGUCCAAUAGUAACCAGGGACUGCUGGGUAUGCAGAGCAGAGGUUGACUGCCCUGGUUUGUAUAACCUGCUCAUUGUCUCAUGAAGGAAGAUUUUUAUUUUUUUCACCUAUUAUUGCCAGUAGGCAGGACAGCACGGAAAGGGUCCAUAGCAAUAGCAACAAUAGCAUUAUAAUAUAUUACAGGGUAAAUGGGCAUGAAGACUAUAUAUAGCUAAAGAGAUAUUGUUUAUAUAUUGUUUUAAUUAAUAUAAAAUGUAGUAACUGGUAUAGCUUUUCUUGUUGAAUUGAUAAGGCACUUUUCAUUUUGCACCUUUUUUUCUUUAAAUUAAAUGCUAGCGUGUUCAUUGUUGUGUCGCACGUUCACCAGAAAGGCAAGUUUAACUGAAAAAAAAAAAAAAAAGGCUUG